AAUCAAUGCAUGCGGCUAUGGAAGUGGCCCGACGCCGAGAAGAUCAUCUUGUGGCAACUCGAAGGGGACGGGCAGAUGCACGCUACCCCGAGACACGACGCGCACAACCGGAUGCAAGCGAUAUGGUUCCAAGCGGUCGACCACCUGACAACUCUCGACCGAAUAAUAGCACACGACCACUAGUCAAGCACUUGACGCUUGAGGAGAUAAAGCGCCGACGGGAGAAAGGGCUAUGUUUUAAAUGCGAAGAAAGAUUUACGCCUGGUCAUCAAUGCAAGCAGACUUUUAUGGCACCUCAAGGUAGAAGAGAAAUGACGACCGCUGAAGUCGUUGCCCAAUUCCGAGGAUUCAGUUUAGAGAAAUUCUCGGGAAAUGGAGAUCCUCGACUAGUUGAGGAGUGGAUUCAGGGUCUGGAGUCUAUCUUCGAGAUCACUGAAUACACAGACAGACACCGUAUUCUUUGCGCGCAGCUUCAAAUGACUGGAGACGCAAGACUAUGGUGGAAUGCUUACUGGGGCAUGCGUCCUGGUGAGAAGGAGCAUCUUACUUGGAUCCAAUUCAAGGAGAUGUUAGAAGAGAAGUACUACCCGGCUCAUUACCGAGCUGAGAUGGAACGUCAAUUCCUGGCGUUAAAGCAAGGAGAUCGUCCUGUUGGAGAAUAUGAGCGAGAAUUCACCAGGUUGGGAUC